AUGGUAGGGCCUUCUUCUCUUACUAUCUUUUUCUUCUUCAGCUUGCUGUUCUUCUCUGCAACAUCUGAAGCUUCCAAAUGCUCACUCAAAGGGUUACCUAUGGUAAGAAAUAUCAGUGAGCUUCCACAGGAUAACUAUGGAAGGGGUGGUUUGGCACACACAACUGUUGCUGGUUCGCUCUUGCAUGGGUUGAAAGAGGUCGAGGUUUGGCUACAAACAUUUGCUCCAGGAUCAGGCACACCAAUACACAGGCAUUCUUGUGAAGAAGUUUUUGUUGUCCUAAAGGGAAGUGGAACUCUCUACCUUGCACCGAGCUUGCACGGGAAGUUCCCUGGAAAGCCACAGGAGUUCUCUAUCUUUGCAAAUAGCACAUUUCACAUACCUGUUAACGAUGUUCACCAGGUCCGGAAUACAAAUGAACAUGACGAUUUGCAAGCACUUGUCACCGUCUCUCGUCCGCCGGUUAAAGUGUUCAUGUAUCAGGACUGGUUCAUGCCACACACUGCAGCAAAGUUAAGGUACCCCUACUAUUGGGAUGAAGAAUGCCUCGAUGUCGAACCACCACCAAAGGAUGAGCUAUGA